AUGUCCAAACCAGCCGAGGAAUUCAUUGAGUACCAGACGAACCCGGAGAAACUCGAAGGACUAGGCCAGGAUGCCUUGUACCAGGCGUAUGCGUCCAAGAGUGCCGACUGGCAUAAGCGGAUGACGCGCCAGUUACUACGCAAGGUGGACUUGCACCUGCUGCCCUUUUUGAUUCUGAUGUAUCUUUUGAACUUUCUCGAUCGGAACAAUCUGUCCCAGGCUCGGCUCGGUACGCUAGAAGAAGAUUUAGGCAUGAAGGGGACAGAUUAUAACCUCGCAACCAGCAUCUUGUUUGUCGGAUAUCUCCUGAUGCAACUGCCGUCGAACCUGCUGUUGACCCGCGUGCGACCGUCGUUGUUCCUAGGAAUCGCCAUGGGCAUUUGGGGGGCCAUAUCGGCGUGUCAGGCGGCCACUCAGUCCUUCGCCGGUCUGGUGGUCUCGCGCUUCUUUCUCGGCUUCGUUGAGGCCCCAUUCUUUCCGGGGGCGGUCAUGUUGAUCUCUCUCGCCAACGCCUUCGGCGGAUUGAUUGGAGCGGGAGUGCUGGGGAAUUUGCACGAUGCGCAUGGGAUCGCCGGAUGGCGUUGGCUCUUCAUCAUCGAGGGUACUAUCACGGUCGGGAUAUCGAUUGCUGCAGCCUUCAUGCUCCCCAACUAUCCUGCUACCACGUCGUGGCUUGAUGCCAGCGAGCAGUCUUAUGCACAAUGGCGUCUGGUUGCCGAUGCCGGUGAAGCUGACGACACAAACACCGGUUCGAUGAAGGAAGCCUUGUAUCUGGUAUUCACGGACAAACGCAUCUACCUGUUCAUCCUGCUGCAACACACCUCGUUGCUCUCGCAGAACUUCCAAUAUUUCUUCCCGACGAUUGUGCAGACCCUGGGGUAUGACAAUAUCAUCACUCUGCUGAUCACCGCACCUGUAUGGAUCGCUACAUUCCUGGUCUCGCUUGUUGUCACCUGGACCUCGGGUCGAUCGAACGAUCGUGGGAUCCAUGUUAUCGCGCUUAUGAUGGUCAGUGUGAUCGGAUGUAUAAUUUGCACGGCGACCACGAAUAUUGGGGCCAAGUUCUUUGGCAUGUUCCUAAUGCCAAUGGGCGCUGUGUCGGCCUACCAAAUCAUCAUCGCAUGGGUCGCCAACUCAUUCCCCCGACCGUUGGUCAAGCGUUCGGCCGCCAUCGCCAUCGCCAAUAUGCUGGGUAACACGGCGUCGAUCUAUGGUAGCUACAUGUGGCCGUCCUCUUCCGGGCCACGGUACAUUCCCGGGGGAGGCGCUACCGCCGCCGUCGCAUUUCUGGUGGCCGUGUUGGCGUUCGUGAUCCGGAUGGUACAUGCACGUAUGAAUCGGAAACUGGAUGAUGAGGAGGGUCCCGAGAUAGAAGGGGCUCCCUGGCAGUCCCGUGACCGGGCCGGGGACGGAACAUCUUAUCUGAUUAUCUCAUCUGAUAAGAGACCCGCUCGCGUGGUGCGCCAAUCACGGCUUCACGAGGGAAGGCCCCCAAAGUCUCCACCGAUCAGGUCCCAGCAGCCCUGGACUUGGAUCGUCAGGACAGUGCGUGACUAUGCUACCGGGACAGACCCACGCGAUGAUUACGAGCCGAUUCUGGGAUCACUGCCAGACGAGGAGACAGAAAGACAGGCACACGGAGUGGCAGAGAUCGAGGCAUUGGCCACGGUCUGGUCGACGAGAACGCUAUACACAGGAUAUGCUCUGGUCUUUCUCAUCUUCUUCGUCAAUUCCUUUCAGCAGGAGACAACCGGCAGUUUGUCGCCAUACGCCUUUUCCGCCUUUACCAAUCAUUCCCUCAUUUCCACCACUAAUGUUUUGACUAGCAUCGUCGGCGGAGUUGGUCGGCUGCCCAUCGCCAUGAUGAUUGAUAUUUGGGGACGACCGGAGGGCUUCGGGUUGACCGUGGUACUAUGCACCAUUGGUCUCAUGCUCAUGGCAGCCUGUCGGAAUAUCGAAACCUACGUAGCAGCUCAGAUUAUUUACUGGCUGGGCUACAAUGGAAUGGACUACGUCCUCCAUGUAUUCUUGUCCGAUACUACCGACCUUGUGAACCGAGCCUUUGUCUACGGAGUAGCCGGGACCCCUUAUAUCGUGACAACAUUUCUUGGUCCCGCUGCUGCCCAACAGUUUUACUCCCAAGGAGCCUUAUGGUGGGGAUUCGGCAUCUUCGCUAUCGUGACUCCAAUCGUGUCUGCUCCCCUUUUGGGCCUUCUUUGGAGUGCACGGCGCAAGGCACGAGUGGCCGGGCUGAUUCGAAAGGAAGUGAGUGGGCGCACUUGGCUUCAGUCUGUCCAACAUUAUUUUACCCAGUUCGACACGAUUGGGUUGAUCUUGAUUACGGGGGCCUUUGUCCUGAUACUACUGCCCUUGACUCUGGCCUCGUCUCACGAUAGCAUGUGGAACUCCUCCCUGGCCGAUCGAUGGAGGUCUCCGGAAAUUAUUGCCAUGUUGUUCAUCGGAUGCGCCUGUAUUAUCGGCUUCGUAUACUGGGAACGCUUCGGCGCCACAGUCUGUUUUGUGCCGUUUAGUCGUCUCAAGGACAGAACUCUUCUUGGUGCUUGUCUUCUCUCGGCGACCAUGUUUGCGAGCUUCUACUCAUGGGAUCUAUACCUUUCCUCUUAUCUACAGGUGGUAUUCAACACCAGCAUAAGAGACACAGGCUAUAUCUACAACAUUUAUACGAUCGGGACCUGUUUCUGGUCCGUCCCGUUGGGAUUGUUUAUCCGACAAGUUGGUCGCCUGAAAUGGAUCGCCCUCGCUGCGAUGCCACUGACCUUCCUUGGAACCGGUCUCAUGCUCCACUUUCGAUCUCCAGACAGUCACAUCGGGUCUGUGAUUAUGUGCGAGGUAUUUAAAGCCAUCUCAGGCGGCACCUUGGUCAUCUGCCAACAAAUGGCUGCCAUGGCUACUGGAGGACACGAGACAAUCGCUGUCUCGUUUGCCCUGGUCGGAUUAUUCUCGAAGAUCGGGUCCGGCGUCGGGUCGGCCAUCUCCGGUGCUAUCUGGACGAGCACGGUGCCUCACUACCUGCGGGAGGCCCUACCGGCAGACAAAAAGCACAUGGCGGCCGAACUGUACGGAUCCAUUGCCACGGUGUUGUCCUACCCGAUCGGAACUCCCGAGCGAGACGCGACCAUAUACGCGUACGGCGUCGCUCAGAAACGAAUGCUAGUAGCUGGGCUCUCGAUCCUCCCGGCUGCCGUGUUCGCGAUCCUGAUGUGGGAGGAUAUUCGGUUGAAGAAGACGAGGCAAGUCAGAGGGAAUGUGUUCUAA